UUGGUUUACACUGAGUCUGAAGGCCGCCGGUCUGCAAAAGGAAGUGGACCAUGCAAAAUAAUGAGCGGUCUGUGGACGACAGCCAAAGGGACAGUGAUGACUCCUCAGAUUCUCCCGAGCCGGAGCCCUUCCUGUGCAUGGAGCCCCUCCUGGUGCGGAGGCUGUCCUGCAGGACCCUGCAGCUCCCCCCCCUGGCCUUCAGACAGGCCGAGCAGUACUACUACGCCCACAGGCCGGAGGCGGAAACGGCCCUCCCCAAGCCCCCACGGCCCACCACCCUGCCGCUACGCACCCCGCCACUCAUCGCCAUCACCGCUGCCGACACUGAAAGGUAG